GUGGGGUUUAGAGGAAGCGGAAGUGUCAGAGCGGGCGGAAGUGGUACUGCCCUGAAUACCGUGAGCAGCGAGCGGAGGACGGCUUGACAAACUCCCAUCGUUCAGAGAAUAAAAUCGGGAUCCUAGCACGCUCUAAAUCCUAAAAAUGGAUAAGAACGAUCUGGUGCAGAAAGCCAAGCUGGCAGAGCAGGCCGAGCGCUACGACGACAUGGCCGGCGCCAUGAAGAGUGUGACGGAGCAGGGCGGGGAACUGAGCAACGAGGAGCGCAACCUGCUCUCUGUCGCCUACAAGAACGUGGUGGGGGCUCGCCGUUCAUCCUGGCGCGUCAUCUCCAGCAUCGAGCAGAAGACGGAGGGCAACGAGAAGAAACAGCAGAUGGCCCGCGACUACCGCGUGAAGAUCGAGAGUGAACUCCAAGAAAUCUGCAAUGACGUGCUGAGCCUGCUCGAUAAAUUCCUCAUUUGCAAUGCAUCUCAGGCGGAGAGCAAGGUGUUCUACCUCAAAAUGAAAGGAGACUACUUCAGAUACCUGUCAGAGGUCGCCAGUGGGGACUCGAAGAAGGAAACAGUGGAAAACUCUCAGCAGGCCUACCAGCAAGCCUUCGAUAUCAGCAAGAAGGACAUGCAGCCCACACACCCCAUCCGGCUGGGCCUGGCUCUUAACUUCUCCGUCUUCUAUUACGAAAUCCUCAACUCACCCGAGCAGGCCUGCUCUCUGGCCAAGCAGGCUUUUGAUGAGGCCAUCGCCGAGCUCGACACUUUGAACGAGGACUCGUACAAAGACAGCACGCUGAUCAUGCAGCUACUAAGGGACAACCUGACUCUUUGGACAUCAGAAAACCAGGGAGACGAGGGCGAGACCGGUGACGGGGAGAACUAGAGCGCACUUCACUGUUAACCCAUCCCCACUCUCUUCCUCCUCCUUUUAUCUCUCUUCCUCUUUCUUCUCUUCUUCCUCUCUUCGUACACAUAAAACAGCCCGCUCAUUCCCUCGUCCCACUUUUCAAGCCCGGCCUCCCGACUUCCCUUCUGUAUAACCAACAGCAUGAAUAGUACCUGACCUUCACCAACAGAGAUGUACAUGAAAUAAAAAAUGAAAAACCGGAGGAGGGAGAAAAGAAAAACUACUCCAUCACCCCCGUCAGCCCUCCUCCAUCCCUCCUCCUACCCUCCUCGUCAUCAUGGCACUCCACAGCCGGCCGGGCGGACUCAAACCGCCGGCCAGUCUUCUAGCACGCAGGGAGGGUUUUAUCCCAAACCAGGAAAUAAAUGAGCAUCUUUUAGAGCCCACUUUUACCUUCCUCAUUUAAUCUUCCUCCUCCAUUCCUUCCUAACAUCUCAGUACGUUCUCUCACCCUCCUCCCCUCUUCUUCCUCGUCUUUAGCGAGUUAAUGCAUUUAUCUAGUUGUCCAUCCCUUCUGUUUUGGCUUUUCUUAGUGUACUGGCAUAAAUGGCUGGUUUUAUUCCAUUUUAAACAAGACAAAAAAGUUAUUAAACUGUCCGUUUAUUUUCAACAAACACUGUGAUGCUUAGUUUUUCCUCCACAUCGACCAUAUUUGAGCUUGGAGAGGGUGUGUUUGAGCAGCAGUGCCAUUCUGCUGAGGUUUAUACAGAAGGGGGCUCCUACAAGGCUGUAUUGUGACACUGACAAAUUAAAAUCAAACUUUUAACCUGCAAAAACGUUUAUUUUACUUUCCAACGUGGAGUUUUUAUUGGCUCCAUUUCGCAUUUUUCCACAAACCAAUCUGGAAUAUAAAAAAAAUCAAACAUUCCAUGGAAACCUGUGGGAACAUUUUCACAUCAAACGGGACCUGCCCGCUUCCUCGGACCAUCCCAAUCAGCACCACUGUCCCUAAAUUGACCCCCAUGACAUGUCCGAUCCCCUUUGCGAUCGCUUUUCUCUUUUUUUCUUUGUGUGUGUGUGUGUAACAAAGUCUUUAUUCCCCCCACCCUGGUUUUUGAAAACUGUAAAAUUGUAAAACAUUUUUAGAGCUUAACUGUAAAUCUGUCUUUUGGAGAAAAAACUAAACGGUUUGUCGAUGUUGUUCGUUAACACCCGCUUGCAAAGAAAACCUUGAAGCCGUUACAGUCAGCUGCUGAUUUUAUGUUUUGGCGUUAUUGACCACAUCAUUGAUUUGGAUUUUUUUUUUUCCUCUCCCCUUACAACUCUUUGUACUGACGAGUUUCGAGCAGACAGAAAUGCAUGCAAUCAUAUCUAUCCCCGUGUUGAUCUACUGCAAGCAUCGAGUGGGUCUUCUCUGCAGACAAAGACUCUUAAACUCCCUGCUUCCUCGUCUAAAAUGAAAAACAGCCAAAGACGAUUUUCAGAAAACUAAAUUGAAGUGCAACUAACCUGAUUUUGAGCCUGUUUCUUGUGAUUUUAAAGAUCUUGAAAAAGGAAAUUACUCUAACAAUGGUUCAGUAAAGUUUCAUGUGUAUACAUCCUUAAAGAUUUUCUCUUAAAAAUUAUCCAAAUGUAAGCUCAAACGUAUGACUCUCUAGGCUUGAUUCUGCUUCCUGCAGUUUAAAGACGUAGAAAAAAGGUGGUAGAUGACGCUUGACUCGACACGGUUUGGAAAAAUUGUAUCCUGGGUUCCUUCUUCCUGAAGAUUAUCAAAUUUAUGUGCUUUACUCUGCUUCUUGUGGUUUAAAGAUCUGGAUAAGGAAACAAGUUUGGGGAAGUUUGCAACCUCUUAUUCCUCCGUCCUUAUUAAAAACAGCAGCAGGCGUUAAAGACGCAGCUGAGAAAUAAAUAAUCCAGUCGCUUGUAAAUGAUGCUUGACUGGACACAGUUUGGAAAAUUUGCAUCCUUGAUUCUUUAUUUGCAAAGAAAUACAGCAUCAUUUUUACUGAAAAUUGAAAUCUCAUUCGAGCGUCUGUAAACAAAUUUUUAGGCUUUAAUUUGCUUUUUGAGGUUUAAAGAGGUGCAUAAAAAAUUGGUUUGGUGAUAAUUUUCCUUUUCCUAUUGGAAAAAAACAAAGACCAGGGGUCAAAAUGACUCUUAUCCUCUUUAGGGAAAAAAAUCCAGUCACUUGUAAAUGUACAAUUCCAAUUAGGCAUCAUAUCCACCACUCCCUGGAUUUUUAGGCCUUAAUCUGCCUCUCACAGUUAAAAGACCUGGAAAAAGUUGGUAGAUGAUGCUGGGCUCGACAAGGUUUGGUUAAAUUUGCAUCUCCUUGUUCGGUUUUUGCCCCUUUCUCUGUCCCCCUGCCUGCCUACUUGUUUGACAAGUUCUAACUGCUGAAUUGUGCAACGGUCCAACAAAAAAAAGCACGCCUUCUUUUAUCACAGAGUAAAUCUGCAGCAUGCACCGUGUGAGGAAAUGUAAACUGUGUAUGGAUGGUUGAAUUUACAGCUUCCUUGAUGUUGAAAUAUUGCAGAUACAGCAGCAAUGGGAGGUCUUUUUUCCUGGGACUGGAUUGUUUUAUGAAAUUAAAGUCAUGUGAAAAGAUACAUCUAACUAAUCCAAUCUAUAAAAGGUCUUUUAUCGAGCUUUUAACUGUUCAUAGUGGUGCAAAACUAAGGGAAAGAGGCAAGUAAGUUAACUUUGGGUUUUUAUAGUUGGCCCAAAUUUUGGUUCUUGGUGUAAAAAUGUGAGUUUUUUAAUACAUUUUCAGAAGAAGAUCCUCAAAGUAAAACAUGCUAAAAGAUGAUUUAGAUGAUUUGGUGACCAAAGCUGUUAUAACUGCAUCGGACCAACAGAAGUCUGUACUCUAGCUGGCUGCUUUUGGAGUUUAAAAACAAGGAAGCAUGGGUUUUAAGUGUUUUAAAUGCAAAGGCAUGUGCGUUAAAGGAGCCUAAUCUCCCAGCAGCCAAUCAUCUGUCUGGAAGAACGGACCUUUGAAUGGGUUCACGGCGAGUUUAAUAAAAGACGCACACUUUGAGUUGACCCUCAGGACCAUUUAGAAAAGACUCAACACUCGACCAGUGGUAAGGAGAGCACUUCCAGCUUGUUUGGGAUCAGAUAUUCAAAGAAGUUUCAACAGCAACAAUCGGGCUGUUUCUCUUGUUCUAAUGACGACGCUCUGUCGAAAUCAAGAUACGUCUUUGUAGUCCCAGAGUGGCUGAGACUUUAGCCCCAUGCUUCAGAAGUAUUAGCCGAGCAGACGAGACCUUCUGUUUGUUAAAAAGUAGACCUAGUCGAUAAAUCUUCUCCCUCUUUCCUCCUCUCAGUGUCACAAUAACCUUGUCAUGAACCAUCUCGACAUUCCACUCUGUAGGUGUAGAAAAGUCACGUGUCUCAAUGUUUAUUUUCUUUUGCUGGGGACAAAUGUUUUCAUGCACUGAAGCUAAAAAGGUUUGAAAAAAAAAUCCUCCCUGCCGCUCUUUUUCUUGUUAGCUGAUCAAAAAAAAAAAGGAAAAAAACAAGGCAGUUCUUCUUCGCUUUCUAAGGAAAAAAUGAUCCCAUGCAGUAGUGAAUGUGGCACCGAGCCUGUCUGUAUAUCUGGUAUCUCAAAUCAUUUUGUUUUUACUGACCAGUAUUCUGCUUAAAAAUAAAAAGACAAAAAAAUAACCCAAAAACCAACAAAAAAACAAGUUUGCUUCUGUGACGGUUUUAUUGCUUAGCGCGCACGUGGUUGUGAAAAUUUAGACUUAGCUUAAGGACACCGAUAAAAACAAAAAAAUGACAAAAAAAAAAAAAAACACCCCUUUGACACCCCCCCACCCUCCCCCCCGCCCCACCCUGGUUAUUGACGUAAUACUAGAUUUGUGUAUGUCUUUUAAAAAAAAAUCCAACUCUAGUUUCACCCUACAUGUUAUAAACAGGACAAAAUGUAAAAGACAAUUUAAAGUGAAAUAAAGGUUUUAUCAGUUCCGAA